UCUCGACGCUGAAGCAAGGACGCGCACGCGUCGCGCGCGUCGCCGUACAUCACUACCAGUUAUUCAACAGGAACGUUCGGCGGCGGAGCGAGCCGCGCGGUGUGUGCGUUGUGCGAUCUACAAGCGUUUUGUGGCCGAGCGAUUCAGAGAGAGACGGCGAGGUGUUUCGGGUGUUUCGCGCGCGCGAGAAGAGGAGUUUCAUUGCUGCCGCUUAGCGCGAGAACGGAAGGAUCUCUCUAACCGCGCCCUCCGCCCCCGAUCGUGAGUCAUGGCUGGUAUCGUACCGUUGUCUGGUAGACCCGGCAGGAAACAGUGGACGCUACACGCUAAUUCUAAGUCCUAUUGAUAGAUGGGCCUAAAGGUUCUCUUAGACGGUUACGUUCCCGAUUGGCAGAAGACGGCUGUCCGGAAUCUCAAGUGAUUUUAGCUAAGCAGUUGUUAGAGGAGCAAUGUGAGCUUGAUGUUGAUAAAGAGGAAAACGCUAAAUUGGGUGUUUACUGGUUGACAAAAGCCUCAGAGCAGGGAAAUCUGGAGGCGACUGAUAUUCUUAGAAAGUGUUUGGCGACUGGUCGCGGUAUCACAGAGCACAACUAUUACGACGUAAAAAGUUGUCUAGACAUGACGCAGGACGAGAAGUUGGCCAGAAGAGCAGCGAGGGAGAUGUUUAUGAGUCUAUCAAAUGGCGAAGACUUCAUAACUACAGAGCAGCUGCAAAAACGUGUGAGGAAUUUAUCGUCACCAUCGACCAGUAAUGCCGAUUUUCCAUCGAACAAUCCCUCUAGCAACUUGUCGCAAAAGGGACAACUGAGCGACAACGAUAACGAUUGCUUCCCCAGCAAUGGGCUUCCCGACGAUUCCCUACCUACCAAGAAUGAAAACCGAACGAACGACAGUCACGGUUGGACGGACCAGAGUGAGAAGAUCACGGAGGCUGCUUUGGUAUCCGCAGCUGCGAGUUACGCGCGCGGGAUGCUUCCGAUAGUAUCACAUGCUCUCUGCAUGGUGGAUCCUUCCGAAUUGGCACUAGACACGAUACCACUGCUACAGAGACCAUUUAUUUAUCCGUUCGCGUCGUUGAAACGUCUCUACAGUUGGUUGAUCGAGACCCUGGGCCACAGAGGAACGUCGAUCAAGAGGGUUCUUUUUACGUCGAAUUUACACAUUCUUCUGUUACUCUUGUUAUACUCCUUGUUCGGCACGGAGAGCCUAAUACUUUUUAUACCGAUGGCCCUCUACUACCUUUCGUUUACAGUCAUGGUAGUGGCUACCUUUCAAAUGCUUCAACGAAAACGCGAGUUCAACAACUUCCGCAUGUGGUCAGGUCUAUUUCUCAGUUACUCGGGCGGAAAUUUGAAUCCUGAGGAAGCAGAGUAUCAAUUCUGCCGCAACAACUUGAAACCAUAUGGACAUUUCUUUCUCGCGUUACUGUUGAACCUGAUGAUUUAUCCUCUGAUAGCCCAUCAAUGGACCCCGCAAUCUGAAUUCACUAUAAUAGCAGUCACGCUUACUCUUAUCACACUCUGCAAUUUUAUGUGGAGGGACUCUUCGCGAUUUCCCGAUUUCUUGGCCCUCUUCAGCUUUGGUGUACAUGUACUCGCCAAGUAUCCUUACGAGACGGACAUAGUCGUGGCGCAAAGCUGGAGAUUCUUGGACAUCAGAGUGCCAACAUUUGCGUCUUACGUUGUCGGCAAUGGCAUAGAGUUUUGUCUAAAUUUCCGUGCCGUGUUUUAUCUCUUGAUACCUGCGGUUUUCGCGAAAAUGGCCGCGAGAGACGGUUGGCGCGGCACGUAUCGGAUUCUGAUACCUCAUUGCGUUACUCUAAGUUGGUGGCAAAUAGCAAUUUUCAGUUCUCAAGGUGCCACAUGGUACGGCUUGAUCAGAGGCGCACUUGCAUUAGUUGGAAUGGUCUUGUUUCUUCCAAUCGCCGGUAUUGCUUCUGUCAUUUUACCAAUCGUAGCUAUUGCCAAAUAUUUAUCGGAAAAUGAUCUGGCCAUGAGGGUAGCGAUUACUGCUGUACUCGGAGGAAUGCCAUUUUUUGUUUCAUGGUAUCUGAGAAAGACUAGAGUGUCGAGAUUUAAUUGGAUCAUUACGCUUAUGCAAAUUGUUCUUGGCGUUGGUGCUGCAACAUUUUUAUCGUGGCCGAUGAUAAUGGAAUAUAAUCAGGAUUCCGACGAGACAUCAUAUGACAUUACUUCUACCUUAACAUGGGAUCAGUAUCAAAACUACUGUCAUCAACCUGCAUGGGAGGAACUGUCGUCGAAAGCGCAAGUGCAGGUGCAAUGCGCUCAAUUGGAAGGCAUACCUGUUGCGUGGGAAGGCUACGUGACAAAUAUUAGAGUAAAGUCGAUAAAAAACAAUAUUGCUAUUAUACUAAACAGGUUACCCGACAACGUUAGAAAAUUAAUUAGUUGUAUGUACGGGGAACCGUAUGAGGAAAAUUGUAAUUCGGGCGAUGACGUUCGCAGAAAGAACUGCAAGCACAUAACGAGUAUUCAGAAAAAAAGAAACAAAUGUUAUUUUCCAUCUUGGGAUCAAUACGAAUUUGAGAUAUUCGUCAAGAUGAAAAGCGGCAUAUGGGGAAGUACCACAGAGAUACGUCUCAUUGCGGACCAUUCUUUCACCAAUUUUAGUCUAAAUAUAUAUCCGGGCGAUAAGAUUUGGUUUUCUGGAGCACUUCUGAAUAAUGAUUUGGAAACAGAGUCUCUUCUUGGUGGUGCCAUACCACACAUCGAUUUGGAAGAGAUAGGGUGUCUUGCAUGCAAUUCCCUCAAUUUGAAAAAGUCUUACAAACGUUAUAGGUAUCGUAUAAGUUUAAGCUCUAUUAUUAGAGAUCUUUGUCUCAGCGUAAAGACUGUAUUAAACUUUCUCUUAAAUCCUAUUGUGAUGUUUAAGUGAUGACAUUUUAUAUGACUGAAUCCUUUUAGAUCUCUCUAUAGCUUUUUAGGUCUAAUAAAAUUUUUUCAAUAUCUAAUUAUUAUUAUAGUUUGUUUAACAUGAUUUAUAUUAAAAAAAAAUUAAAUUACUAGAAUAUUGGAAUUAAAAAAAAUUUUUUUAGACGAAUAAAAUUUGGAAAUAAAACACGCCGUAUUAAUUCAUAUAAGUAGUUAAUUUAACAAGAUACAAUUUCAAACAAAUUUGGUAUCUAUAUAUUUGCAUUGUAAACUAUAAUAUUUUUGCUUUAUAAAUGUCUUAAAAGAUAUUUCAAUAUGAAAAAUCUGUUAAAAGAUCUUCGUUUGGGCGAAUAAUUUGAUCCGAUAAUUUUAUUAUAAUUGUAACCAAUUUUUCGCGUUACAAUGUUGCAGAUAAACUAUAUUGUACAAAACAGCAUGUUAUAUAUGAUAGCAUGCUGUACACAACUAAAACGAGAAACUAUUAUGUAUAUAAAGUAGUGUUUCUUUAAUGUUUGACAUACAUGUAAAUGUGUGUGUGAUAUGAAAGUAGAAAAUAACGUAAAUAUAUGUCAAUGUUACCGAAUGCCUCAGGCAAUACAUGUGUAUAUAUAUAUAUAUAUAUAUAUAUAUAUAUAUAUAUAUAUAUAUUAAUAGUUAUAUUACGCUUUCAUGAACAAGUCGUAAUCUGCUUCAGAGUAUUACAUAUAACAUAUAUUUUAAGAUUUAUAUAUUUUCCUAAGCGUUACUGCCAGUAAAAGAGGAAAGAAACGCUUGAUAUUUUUGUAUUCCGUUUUCGAAGAAUUAUAAAAGAUCUCUUUGAUCUUGUAUGUUUUAAUAUUGCAUGUAAUAAAAUUUAUAUUUCUUACUAUGGUAUGUAUAUUACAUCAUAAUGAAGUUUUAAUUAAUUUAAUGGCAAGGCAGUAUGCGAUCUAAUGUAAAUAAUCUUAAAUUAUUUAGUAAGCUAUUAUUAUUUUAAAAAAUUUCAUUAUUUCAUAAAAAAAUUUUAUGUGGUACUGUCACAUAUUGACAUUAUAGUUAGAAUACACUAUAUAGUUCAAAAUUCAGUUAGCUGCAAUAAGCAGCAUUGGAAAUAUGUAUAAUACAAAUAAUUCAUGAUAGGUCGAUGUUAAGUGUUUAGACUUGUAAACUAUUAAUGAGCAUAUCUAUUUAGAGUUAAGAGCAGUUUCGUCAUCGUAUCACACAACGACAAUAGGAAUCAAGACCAGUACAGUAGUAAAGAGAUAAGACAGACAUAGAUGUGCCUUGGUGUUUUCCGUUUGAAUGAUUUUAAUGUUGAUAAUAAAAGUACUCUAUUUGCUUCUCCAAGCAAAGCAAACAAAAACUAUAUGUAUUAUAAAACAUCAUGAACUCUCAUAUUCUGAUGUGCAAAUGUAUAUUUUUGUCAUGAAUAAUAUAUAUUCAGAAUACAGUAUAAAAUUCAAA